CUUUUUUACAGCUUCAAGGAUUAGUUUAUGGUUUUAGGGUGGGUUCAGUGUCUCCUUCAUGUCCCUUGUCGCCUCCGCUUAAGUCACAGCCCUUCAGUUCAACCAACACCAGAUUUAUUGCACCUACCAGACUAGCUCAAUACAGAAGCAAAUGCGUAAUGAACAGGAAAGUUUUGCUUUCAAAGGAAUUGUGGCUUCUGGGGUUUCAGUCAUGGGUUCUUCUCAGUGAACCUGUUAAAGGGCUUGAGAGCUUGCCAUACAAGCCAGAAGGCUACAAUUAUUGGACAUGGCGGGGUCACAAAAUACAUUAUGUAGUGCAAGGAGAAGGGUUUCCUAUCGUUCUCAUUCAUGGUUUUGGUGCUUCUGCAUUUCAUUAGAGAUACAACAUACCUGAGUUGGCCAAAAGAUAUAAGGUUUAUGCCUUAGACUUGCUAGGUUUUGGAUGGAGCGAGAAAGCAAUUAUUGAGUAUGAUGCCAUGGUACGGAGGGAUCAAGUGGUAGAUUUUUUGAAGGAAAUUGUGAAAGAGCCAGCAGUUGUAGUGGGAAACAGCCUUGGAGGGUUUACAACUUGGGUUGCAGCAGUGGGGUUGCAUGAACAAGUUGUUACUAAAUUCUGCUGGACAGUUUGGAAACCCAAAUGCAGAAUCCAACAAGUCUGAAGAAUCAAUCUUACAGAAAUUUGUCCUGAAGCCGCUGAAGGAAAUUUUCCAGCGUGUAGUUCUUGGAUUUUUGUUUUGGCAAGCAAAGCAACCAGCUCGCAUUGAAUCUGUAUUAAAGAGUGUGUAUAUAAAUACUUCCAAUGUGGAUAACUAUCUUGUAGAAUCAAUUACAAGACCAGCAGCUGAUCCCAAUGCUGGAGAAGUUUAUUACAGAUUAAUGACUCGGUUCAUGUUGAAUCAGAGCAAAUACACUUUAGAUAGUGCCUUAAGCCAACUGAGAUGCCCAUUGUUAUUGCUGUGGGAUGACUUAGAUCCAUGGGUUGGUCCUGCCAAGGCUAAUCGAAUCAAGGAGUUUUAUCCAAAUACUACUCUUGUGAACUUACAGGCUGGUCACUGCCCGCAUGAUGAAGUUCCAGGGCUUGUUAAUAAAGCUUUAAUUGAUUGGUUGUCGUCUGUAACACCACGAGCCUCUAUCCAGACACUGUAGAAAUACUCAAAAUUUUACUGCAAUACUGCCAACAAACAUCUGCUUUGAGGUAUUGCUUGUAAAUUAAUUGCAUAUUUAUUGAUAAAAAUAUGAAAGCUUUCAUUACAAGUAUAGUUGUAAGAUAUGGUCAUCAUGGACCCCUUCAGGCAGAAGACAAAAAUUUUAAGAGAGUUGGCCAUCAUUUUCAUGGACUUUUUUUUUUUUCUUUAUUUCGUUAUCAAUUGAGUCCUUGAAUUUCUUAAAACUCCUCUUGUAAGUUCUUGCGUUGUGAUAUCAUAGUUGGAUGUUAAACUUCUCUUAUAUUCUCUCGUAUUGACAAAUUGAAUGUUGAUUUUUGAAUAUUUACAAGUUGUAAUGAGUCACGAGGAAAUGGUUUACCGGUAAAGAAAUUUACGUUUUUAUGGUAUCGAUGAUCAUGAUCUUUUCUUUCUAAAAGUUCUAUAUUUUGUUUUCAACUAAUGUGGAUUUUUUUUUUUUUUUUGAUGCAAGUAUGUGGCUUGUCAAAUAUUCCCAUGAAAUUUCAUUUACGCGAUUUGAGUUGCAGGUUAAAAAGAUUAUAGCAAAAAAGGGCUUAUACGGAAUUAAAGAAAAUCCUGCAGACUUUUUUUUUUUUUUUUUCUAAUUUGAGGCUUCUUAGGGCUGGGGCUUAUGAGCUUUAUCACGAAGCAAGAUGUGCUAUCACUGAGAAAUGAAUUCAUCCAUUGCCUGCAAUUUUCACAACUACAGUAGUCUCAUUUGUGAGGAUUGUGUCAAUUUUCACUUCAUAAUUGAUGAAAUAGAAUAAGCAAAGAAAGAUGGAAAAUUGGCCAAAAUUAGACAAAACAAACUAUCAAGCAGUGGAAUAUAGAGAGGGGACGAAGCGACAAAGCAUCCUCGAUGAUCAGCUUAGAAAUUAACGGAAGCGAAAAACAAACUAGCACUUGGAAUUUGUAACUUUGGGCUGGAUAGAAUAUCCAUCACCCACACCGAGCAUUGUCUUCACCGAUGUUCUAACUUUGUAACCAUCGUAUCCUUAAAAUUUAAGCAUGUUUCUCCAUUUUCUCAAAUGCUUCCUUUAUCUUCCUUAGAUUCUCCAAAAGCUUUCGUCUUCUUUCGAUUCCUGGACUUUUAGAAAAGGCUGUACAAAGAGUUUUACCACUUACAGGACUCACAAGAACAAUUGGUUCAAUGGAGAAUAACGCAUUGAGAUAUGGCAGAGCCUCUCAGCCUUUCUCUGCUAAUUCCUCAAAGCAAAGGCGAAGCGGAUAUGAACCUUCUGAUACAGAAACUGAUUGGCAAGAAAGUCCUCUAUGUGAUCAGAAUAACAGCAGUAUAGUUGGUCCUCCGAAUCCAAAGAUGGAUUUGGAUUUAAGAAGAAACAUUAGUCCUAUGAGACAUAACGGGAAUUUUUCUUCAAAAUUUUAUGAUUCUUCUCCUAAAAGGGACUCUAUGGCCAGCCCAGUCCGGAGGAGAAACACCAGCAAGUCACCGUACAGGACGCGAAAAGAAGAUGGUCGACCUAUUUCACCAGCUUCAGUUCGUAGAAAUGUUGGUCCCUUCUCAAAAUCUGAGCAUAGAAGGCAGGUUUCUCCAUUUAAGUCUGGAAGAGAGGAGCAUGAUAUGUGUAACAAUGAUCAGAUUAUAGGCUCUAGCAUAAGGAAAAAUCGUAAAACUCCUAACACAGAGGAAAGGGGUUCCUUCUCAAAAUUCGGUGAAGUUAGUAGAAUGAGCGAGAGAUCAGCCCAUAGUCAUAGAUCGGUAACUGCACCUAGAACAAAAGCCAAAGAGAAGGACCAAGAAAAUGAUCAUGGUCACAGGGAGCAAAAGGGGGAGAGAACCCCAUCACCUUUGCCAAGGAGCAUGACUAGUAAACAAAGGGAGAGAGAAGCUUCUCACAGAAACACGCCUUCUGUUGGUGAACUAAAUGAGAUGGUAGCUGAUAUUAAGAUGUCUAGAAGUGCCAUGCUUAGUGCUUCAAAUUUUGAAAGCACAGAGUCUAUUUCUCCUGGUGACAUCUUCUUUUCUCGCGAGAAUACAGCCUUGAUGAGGCAGAAGAAUGGCUUGCCAAAAAAUGGUAAUAAUGGAGCUAUUCUGAUCCCAAGGCCCACAAGGUUUCCCCAGAUGGAUCCCGCACUUCAACAGCUGAGCACAACUAACGAUAAUAUUGAACAUAACUUACCAAGAUCUUUGAUGAGUUCUGGUUCACGAUCCACUAUGAUUUCCAGCUCGGCUGCAAGUGGACAGAGUAGUGGCAAGUUUAGCACUGAAAGCAGUAAGAUAAGCGAUACGAGUAGGACAAGUAUGAGCUGGAAAAAAUUCGCAGCAAGCAGAAAGAAGAGUCAAUCAAGUGUUUGGUUUUCUUGUAUGAGAGGGGGACCUUGCAGGACCUCAAGAUCACCUGAAAAACAACAUUUUGAUGAAGAUUUAUUCAUCGAGAAGGCAUUCGUGGUCGAAAGCUUGAGAGAGUUUUGGGCUGAUAAACAUCAACCAUGUUCUCUGAAUGGAUUUACAUGCCACAAACAAGAAGCUCAACUUCUUAAGCAACUUGUAUCUCUUGGUAAUAUUCCGCAUAUUUUGUUAAAGGGACCAUCUGGUGCUGGAAAAAGAUCACUAGCAAUGGCUCUUCUAUACGAAAUAUUUGGUGACGCUUGUCGAAAUAUAUCUCAUGAUUUAAGAUAUUUCCAGGUUCAGGAAAAAAGGGAAAUGCAAGUAGCUGUUCCAGCAACAUACAGUGUUCACCAUGUGGAGCUCAAUGUGAACUUGGAACCAAAUGCUAAAUAUGCACUAAUGGGUAUUGUAAAGGAAAUAAGCAACACCUACGCUAUUGUCCCUGAAGUCAGCAAAGUUAAUUUUAAGCCAGAUUAUAGAGUGCUAGUUCUUUACCAGGUUGACAAAGCAACAGAGAACAUUCAGCACUUGAUAAAAUGGAUAAUGGACUGUUAUACAGAUGCUUGUAAAGUCAUACUGUGCUGCGAAGAUGAUGUAGACAUCCCAGAAUCAGUGAAGAAUCGCUGCAAAGUUAUUGAAGUUGAUGCUCCAGUAACUCAUGAAAUCAUGGAGGUUCUCAUUCAGAUAGCCAGAAAAGAGGACUUUGAUCUACCUAUGAACUUUGCAGCUAGGAUUGCUGCCAAAUCAAAGCAGAACCUGAGAAAAGCAAUCAUGGCUCUUGAAGCAUGCAAAGCACACAACUAUCCUUUUGCUGAUGAUCAACCAAUUCCAUUUGGAUGGGAAGAGGUCUUAGUAGAACUUGCAACAGAAAUCCUAACAGAUCCAUCACCUAAGAGAUUGUUUUCAGUACGCGGAAAGCUUCAAAAGCUUCUUUUGGAUUUUGUGCACCCCGAAUUGAUUCUUCUGAAUCUCGUCGGACAAUUCCUUAAAGGAGUGGAGGCCAGUUCAAGAAGGGAGCUUUAUUAUUGGCAUGGAUAUUAUGAUAAGAGGCUCCCAACAGGAACAAGUGCUUUGCUCAAAUUAGAAGAAUUUGUGGCCAAGUUCAUGAGCAUACACAGAAAGAGCUCUAGCAACUGUCAGUAUGAGUGAUUUACAUGGAGCUGGUUUUGGAAUCCCUUUCUACAUGCGUAUAAAGCUAUGUUUAGGUAAUACUGCUAUAAAACUGCUCAGAAUUGAAACUAUAUCAGUUUCUUUUGCUUUUUUAAAAGAUGAAAGGAGAUAAUCAAUACACAGUAUACUUGUAUC